AUCACACCGAGUGCCAAACAUUCCCUUGGUUCUUACGCUCGACUUCCCACCCAAAAGAAACUCAACAAAACCUGUUCUUUUGGGCUAAAUAAUGCCGUUUACCCAACUCGGUAGUUUUUCCAGCUAGUGUAUUUGUUUAUUUGAUCUUUCUAAGCCAAGUGCUUGAUAAUGGAAGACAUUUUUUCGGCUUCGCGUGACGGCAACACAAGAUUCGUAAAAACAUGGCUUGAAGACACGAGAAAUGAUUUAAAUCUUGGAGACGACCAUGGCUUCACACCGUUUUUGUGGGCAUGUAGAGAAGGACAAGCGGUUGUUUUUGAUAUGCUAUUAUCGCGUGGUGCAAAAGUUAACGCCGUCAAUGAUGGUGGGGAUAAUGGCUUACACCUCGCUGCCAGUAAAGGCAACAAAGAAAUAAUACUCAAGUUACUACGAAACAAAUGCCCUGUAAAUGGAACCAAUGAACAUGGUAAUACUCCUUUACAUUAUGCUUGUUUCUGGAAUUAUGAAAGUGUCGCAGAGGAGCUAGUAAAGAAAGGUGCUUUUGUAUCGCAGUGCAACAGCAAUGGGGACACUCCUCUAGACAAGAGCAAGCCUUAUCUGGCCGAGAUUCUAAAAGAUCUAGCAACACAACUAGGACAAGAUAUGAAGAAAAUCCCAUACAAAGAUACUUCAAACAGAGGAGGCAGGAGAACUGACCUCAGGGAUAUCAAAGACAGAUACUCUUGGAUUUCACCAGAUGAGAUAACACUUACUGAAAAAAUCAGCAAAACAGUAACAGGAGAGGUGUGGAAAGGAAUGUGGAAUGAUAUUCACAUUGUCGCCAAAAAACUAGCUAUCAAAUUUGUAAACAAACGAAUCUCUAGGGACUUCAGUGAGGAGUAUUCUAAACUGAGGAUAUUUUCCCACCCCAAUGUGCUGCCAGUGAUAGGAGCUGUCAAUGAUCACAAAGACUUGAUCGUCCUGUCACAACACAUGCACUAUGGCUCCCUUUUCAACAUACUCCAUGAAGGAACUGGUAUCAUUGUAGACCAGGAACAAGCUAUUAAAUUUGCCAUGGACAUUGCAAGAGGAAUGGAGUAUCUUCACUCAUUAGAUCAACUUAUUCCAAGACUGUACUUGAAAAGUACUCAUAUUAUGAUUGAUGAAGAUCUGACUGCGAGAAUUAGUAUGGCUGACUAUAGGUUUUCAUUCAUGAAUUUAAGCAAAUAUGAAACUCCAAACUGGAUGGCACCUGAAUUUCUUCAGAAGAGCCCCCAAGAAGUUGAUCAAAGGUCAGCUGACAUGUGGAGCUACUCCAUUCUACUCUGGGAACUGGUAACACGAGAGGUUCCUUUUGCAGACCUUUCCCCGAUGGAGAUUGGCAUGAAGGUUGCAUUAGAAGGGCUAAGGCCACCCAUCCCUCCAGGUGUCUCACUCCACAUGGUCAAGUUAAUACGCCUAUGCUGGAACACCGACCCCAGCAAGAGACCAAGAUUCGACCAGAUCAUUCCAAUACUCAGCAAAAUGUCCUUGUAGAAAUUAUAAUAAUACUUCGAAAAGUUUAUUUUUAUACUGUUGGCGGACUAGUAGCUGGUGUGGCUCUGUUGGUAAAGAUGGCAUUUGUUGUUUUCAAUUAUCUGAAUGUUUUGUUGAUCAAAGCGCCACUCUGAGUGUCUAAUAUAGGUGUCAGGGGAUUUUGCCAUUCUGGAGAGUUUGUCACGUGACUAAGUAAUAUGUUGAUGGUACUAACUUUAACAGCAUUGUUGGGUUCCCUGUCUCACUUCGCUGAAUUAAGUGACAAAAUCUAACCUAAAAGUGAGUAGAGUUUCUGUUUGGUUCUCUUCUGUGCUUCAAGGGUUUUCUCUGGAUUUCCUUCCUCUGUGAAAAUCGACACUUUCAAAUUUCAAUUCGGUUAUGGAGAGAAGGCAACUGGUUUGUUAGCCACUCCACUGACUAUCAAGUGUUGUACAUUGAAAUGGGCCUUACUAACGCGGUAGCCAUGUUAUUCUCAUGAGAAUUACAAUUCUCAUAAGAAUUCUCAAGCACUCGACUUCGAGGCUAUGUGUGGUGGAAUCUAUUGUUCCGACUAACACGUGAGUCAGGCCCAUAAGAGGUCUACCUUUUAAGCGAAUCUCUUCCCUAUUUUAACAAAAGCUGUCCUGAGAUGUACUACAAUUUAACGAGAUAUUUUAUCAAAUAAACCAAUAUAAUUUAUAAUAAAAAAAGCCAUUAUAUUCCUAUUUUUACUAACUGC